AUGCCCGGCAGAUCUCGUGUCGACUCGGUCUCUCCGUCCAUUCCUGGUCAAGAUUUCGCUUCCAUGUCUGCUUUCGCUCCGGGGGCGUCGUCGUCGCCGACGGCCACCUUUUUAUUUUCCGCAAGGUCGAGUCUGGCGUCGAUUUCUGGUCCUGCAUCCGAGUUUGUGCCCGAGUCCAAGACGACGUCCUGGUCGCCCUCGGCAAUUGCGAUCUCAACAGACUUUGGCAGCGACAGCGAUAAGCUCAGUAUCAGCAGUUGCAGCACCAACGCCAGCACCGACACCGGCACGACCAUUGGCAACUGCCACGGGCCAUUUGGCAGAAGCAGCAGGAAAGGGGCAGAAACCACAACAGUCACCACUUCCUCGCCAAUUCCUCGGCAACGCUUGCCUUCACCAUCUUGGACGAUGCCGUCGGCCACAAUGGCAGCUACGACUGGCGGCGGCGACGAGGCGAUAGUCAAAACCCGAAACAGAAUGGAAGCGACGACCGGCGACGGCGUGCAAACGCAAUUGCUAGACUGGAACUCCACAACGACUUCCCUUUUCAACCUAGACUCUCAAUCGCAACGCUCCCGCCGAUCACAGCUCGAUCACCAUCAACCAAUGCUGUCGGCUCGAGCCUGCGAGCCCCAGCUUGUUCCGGGCUUCGAUCGCGAUCGCGUUCACGAUUGGAACCUCAAGACGCAUCAAGGACCCUGGGCUCACGUAUGGCAAGAUCUCCCACCGCCGCCUUCGCCGCACUACGACUUUGACAACGAGGCCUGUCGCCGUCCUUCUACCUCCAAGAGCCACCACUUUCACUUCCGAUGGCCCAAGCGAGACAGCAGCGCGACGCAAGAUGACUUUCUGCCGCUUCCUGCAGAAGGGCGCAUAAGCUCCGAAUCGGCCAUGACGAUCAUCGGCCGUAGAAGCAGCUUCGACAGAGACACUCUCAAGGGCGACAUGCAGGGUCAUGAUCAAGAGGAGCUCCAGAAGGAGCAGCAGCAGCAACAACAACAACAACAAGAGCGGAACCAGCAGCAGCCCGGCGAUAUCACGGCGAACAUGACGAAGCAGGAGUUCGAGGCUCUCCCUUUGACCAUUCAACGCAAGUCAACUCGACUCGUUCUCCCCCCACAUGGCUCGAUUGGGUCCAGCAGCCUGAGCCCACCUACCUGA